GUCCAAAGCAACGUCCAUCUUGGCUAUGAGAAGCUGAUGGAAGUCUCUGAUCCAUCAUCUGAAAGCUUUGGCAAGCAUCUCAGUGAGGACGAGGUCCACGACCUGUUUGCUCCAGCACGUGAGACUUUUGACGCUGUUCAUUCCUGGUUGGUUGAGUCUGGCGUCAACGCAACAGACAUCCGUCAAUAUGUCAAUAAAGGAUGGCUCGCUAUUGAUCUUCCGGUGUCCCACAUCGAAGAUUUAUUCCUAACACAGUAUCACGAGCAUGAGCGGGAGGGAGUGCUCAAGGUUGGAUGUGAUCAAUAUCACGUCCCUAAGCACCUCGCAAAGCACAUUGACUAUAUUGUUCCUGGAGUCAAGUUGUCGCCACCAAUGGUGAAGCGUUCCCUGGAAAGACGGGGCGGCACGAACCACCGAAAGGGUUGGAAGCCGAAGCAAAUGCCACUAGACUUGCUGUCGUUGUUGAAAGCGCCUCACCCGAACCCCAAACUCCCAGCCGAUCUGCAGGACUGCGCUCGAAACUUUACUGCCAUCUGUUACCGUGCGCUGUACCAGAUCCCAGCAACCAGCAUUCCGGUUCCUGGACACGAGCCCGCGGUUUAUGAGUCUGGAGACACAUUUUCUCAGGAAGAUAUUGACUCAUACUUCCACAAGUAUGCCCCUUACAUUGCCAAUGGCACGCAUCCCAAGAUCUUGUCAAUCGACGGCGGCCAAGCACCUGUGGCCCCUGAUUCCGAAUUCAAUACCGGAGAGUCCGACAUUGAUAUCGACAUCAUUCAGACUCUGAUCUGGCCUCAGUCCAUGGUCUUGUAUCAAGUGGAUGACCGUCUGUAUACCACUGCCAACAACUACUCCGGCUUCUUGAACAAUUUCUUGGAUGCUCUGGAUGGUUCUUACUGCCACUACUCAGCAUUUGGCAUCACCGGAGACAGCCCAGGAGUCGAUCCUUCUUAUCCCGAUAACCGACCUGGUGGCUACACCGGCCCGCGUCUGUGUGGCGCCUACAAGCCCAACAAGGUCAUUUCCAUCUCGUAUGGAGAGGGUGAGAUUGACGUGCCUAAGAACUAUUUCCUCCGACAGUGCAACGAGUGGCUCAAAUUGGGUCUCCAAGGAACUACGGUUCUAGUCUCUUCUGGAGAUUACGGCGCUGCCAUGCCGCCGCAUGAGGACUCGGCAAGUGGUUGCUUGUCUGGAUCAGGUCAGAAUCAGACCAUCUACAACCCUGGAAACCCUGUUUCGUGCCCAUACCUCACCGCUGUUGGUGCUACACAGCUUGAGGAUGGCACAUCUGUCCUUGACGCUGAAGGCGCCAUGCAGACCAACCUUGGUCCCGGAGCCGAACUGUUUGCCUCUGGAGGUGGCUUCUCAAAUUACUUCCCUGUGCCGGACUAUCAGAAGGCAGCAGUCAAAAGUUACUUCGCCAAGCAUGAUCCAGGCCACCCUUACUACAUCGCAAACAGUGAUGCAAGCAACAUCGGCGAGCAUGGAGGAAUCUACAACCGUGCUGGUAGAGGUAUCCCUGAUAUCUCAGCUAAUGGAGCUCAUUUCCGCGCAUUCAAUAACCAGACCGACGGUCACUGGUUCGGAACGAGUCUGGCAGCACCUCUUUGGGCCUCUGUCAUUACCCUUAUUAACCAAGAGCGCGCCAAAAUUGGCAAAGGCUCUGUUGGAUUCAUUAAUCCAGUUCUGUAUGCCAACACCGAUGCCCUCACUGACAUCAAGCAAGGGUCGAACCCGAAUUGCGGAACCAGUGGCUUCACAGCUGUAGAGGGCUGGGAUCCAGUUACUGGAUUGGGUACUCCCAAGUAUCCGAACCUACUGAAGCUCUGGCUGAAGCUCCCAUGAAGAGAUAACCCUAUCUUUCUAAGAUUCCAACUCUUGUGUAG